AUGUCCGCAGCGACUUCGCCGUUUGAGUCGCUACCCAAUGAGCUAAUUGAUCAAAUAUUGUCCAACCUUGCUACUGAUCCUCCUUCGUGGUCCCGUUUCGAUCAGGCCCCGUGCGUCCGUAUAGUCAAAUCUGCCACCCGUGACCUCAAAAACCUAUCGCGAACGUCCUCUCGCCUCCGAGAGGUCACGCGGCCGCGGUUGUUCGCACAUGUCUGCUUUGAUAUCAGCGAGGGAGAAAGCUUUUUACAGUUUAUCCAGAAAUGGAAUCUGUGUCGAAACGUGACGUCCAUCCUGGCGCGAGGAAAUACCGGGUCGGAUCCUCAGGACGACCCCUCAUGGUGGCGUAGGAUUCUGCACUACCUCGAUCCUCUGCGUAUCACUCUUCUGGCGCCACCGUCAUUUAUCGGAGCGACGCUAGGAACCCAGAUUAUGGAUGGACAUAAUUGGGCUUUCCAGAUCUCGCUGCAAGAACUGCAAUUGGAGAGGACGCAACGGCAGGCAGCACCACCUCCGGUCUCCCAUGUUGAGGAUUGCUCGGGGCUUCUAGCAGCUCGGGAGUGGUCAUCGCUGCAGUUUAACGAGUCUUCGUCUUUGAAGGCAUAUAACCAUUACGAGUAUUUUCUCUUCCAGGUCCCCUCUGUGUUUAAUAGAUGGGGCUCGUUGUCCCGAACCCACCCAGAGAGUGUCUCUUUGUCUCUCUCGCUCAACAGGUUGACAGCAUUCCACUACACUGCGGUUUUUCCGUUCUACAACCAUGUCAAACUAGUGCUGGACUCUGCGAAGUUGAUGACGAGUUUGCGCUCGCUCAGUGUACGGUUGGCACCGUGUCUGAACGACAAGGCCACAGAGUUAGAGCAAAGGGGAUCCAUGGACCCAAGCGAUCCGUGGAUGGAGCUUGCGACGGGCUAUACUUUAGUUGCGCAUGCAGUCCGGGACUUGGGAAACAAAAGCCUCGUACAUUUCUGCGCAUGCGACUACGAGUCUGAUGCCCUUCGACCAGAACUCUCUGCAAUAUUAACAGAUGUUCUGGGUGACAGUGAAUGGGCCCAUGAUGGACAUGGAAACUGGGUUAAAGGAGCGAAAUGA